GUUCUAUUUUUUACAUCCAGAGUCGAGCCGUGCUCUUUUUUUUUAAUGAAAUUCAGUGCCAAGAAUAAUAAAUGAAACGAUUAGCGAUAAUUGUAUGAAUUAAAAGCUAGAGUUAAAUGGUUACAAAUAUAAUGAGAUUUUAGUGCUUACAUGGGAGAGAACAUUUUGUAAAAUGUAUUAGUUUCGCUUGUGCGCUAAAUUGAACUUUGAUCAUAUUGAAUGCCUGAUAUUUUAUGAAAACAGUCGCAAGAAAUUCGAACAAUUAAGUCUAACAAUAGCAACAACGUCGAGUGCGUAUUAAACAUUAAAAUAUGUCAAAAAGAAGACCUUUACGUACGAACUUAAAUACUGGAUUGAAUAAGAAUUUUCGUCCAGGCGGCCCGGAUAUAACAAGAGGGGAAGCGCGGGGCACAAGACCAACAGCACCACCCACCAGCAUACGGGAAAUUUUAGUCAUGAUGAUUAUUCAUGUUUGCAAGAAGACAAUCUUUUUCGAUAUAAAUUUAAAAGUUGCCCUAUAUCUUGGUAGCCUCUUUUUGGUUUCAUUAAUUGGCGACUUUAUACCUUUCCCAAAAACCUAUUUCGCCCGUUCGGAUAAUUUAUUUAACGUUUACUUUGUAAAAGUCGGUUGGGGUUGGACUUUGUUGUUUACCGUACCUUUUCUAACGAUGACUUCGUACACUUUAUGUUGCGGCGAUUUAAAAAAAUUAUUACGCCAUCAUGCGCCACGUAUAGCAAUAGCUACAUUCUUUUGGUUUUUUUGGACAAAACUUUUCAAUAUGAUUGAAACGACAUAUGGCAGAUGUACGAUCAAAGGUUUCAAUUCGAAGUCGCAGUGCCUUAAAGCUGGGCAUUUAUGGAAUGGCUUCGAUAUAUCUGGACAUGCUUUUAUUUUAAUCCAUUCGAGUCUUGUUUUAAUUGAAGAAGCGAGACCUAUCAUUAAAUGGGAAAGUAUUAAAGAACAUUUACGAAAUGAGUUACAUGAUCGUUCCAUAUCGGAGCAAUCGCAACGAAGCACAAAUCCUUUACGAAAUCUUAGCGAAGACCAAGUAAAAAAUUUACAAUUUCUCUACGAUCGCUUUACGCCCGUUAUACGAACCUUAUUUAUCGGUAUGAGUCAUUUGCAAUUAUUGUGGGAUAUUAUGUUGGUUGGCACAAUGCUCUACUAUCACCGCAUGAUAGAAAAGUUCCUAAGUGGUAUUAUAGCUAUAUUAACUUGGUAUUUUUGCUAUCGCUUUUGGUAUCCUUCUUCAAUAUUACCAGAACCAGCUGGUUGCGGUGUAUUUUUGUAUCAACGCGAUAAUAAAGACACGUUUCGAAGAGCGAACAGUAUGACCUCGUUCUCUGCGGCAACUUGCGGUACACGUGCUAACGUAACACCUACGACAAAUACAGUACCCACCUUCAUGGGAAUGCCUUUGUAUACUAAAUCCAAAGUACCCAGCCCGUCGAGCAGCACCCAACUGGUUAACCCAUCAAAUGACACUUUGUGAUAACGAUUUAAGAAUAAAGGAAGCAUGUUUAAUAACUGAAAAA